GAAACCAUGAGUGCCCAGAGUGUGGCCAAAGACUCCCUGGGAAGGGCGGCCUCUACAAUUACACCCACACACUCUGAUGGAAAAAAUAUUGAAUGUGAAGUCAAUGGAAAUCAAUUAAAUGUGAAAAGCAUCUUUAACCGACACAUUGCUAAAUACACCGGCGACAGAAAUCAUCAGUGUGAAGUUUGUGGGAAAAAGUUUGGGCUGAAGAGUGUCUUCAAUAGACAUGUCCAGACUCACGUUGGCGAAGGAAACAAUGAAGAAAAAGUUGGUGCAAAACAAGCCACUCUGCAGAACACUUCCAGCCCACACACUGUUCCGUCCACUGGGGAAGGAAACCUUGCGUGUGAAGUGUGUGGCAAAAGUUUCCUUGGGAAAGGUUCCCUGGCAAAUCACAUGCGUACUCAUGCUGAAAAAAAUCAUGAGUGUAAGGUGUGUGGAAAAAGGUUUGCUGAGGAGAGUGGCCUGACCAGACACACCCUGAUACACGAGACACAGCAGUGUGAAGUGUGCGGGAUGAGGUUUGCCAGGAAGGGAACCCUGAACACACACCUGCGAACACACACCGGUGAAAAAAACUAUCAAUGUGAAAUUUGUGGGAAAACAUUUGGCAAGAAUGCUUCCCUGAAGGACCACAUCAUGACCCACACUGGGGAAAAGAAGCACCAGUGUGGCGUGUGUGGGAAGCGCUUCACCCAGGGCAGCAUCCUCUUCAGACACGCUCUCACACACACCGGGGAAAAGAAACAAGAAUGUGAAAUUUGCGGGAAGCUAUUCAACGUGAAGGCCAGCCUCUCACUGCACAUGCGCACACACACUGGGGAAAGACCUUAUGAGUGUCUGGAGUGUGGCAAAAAGUUCAUCCAUAUAACUCACUUGAAAAGCCACGUCUUGAUACACACCGACCUGAGGGACUUCAAGUGUGAUGUUUGUGGGCAGCUGUUUAAUGCGAAGAGGGCCCUCAGGUCACACCUCAUGACACACACUGGUGAAAGGCCUCAUGAGUGCCUGGAGUGUGGCAAAAGGUUCACUUGUAAGACUCUGCUCAACAAACACAGCCUCCGACACUCUGACCUGAGAGAGUUCAAGUGUGAUGUUUGUGGGAGACUUUUCAAGAUGAAGAGUGACAUUGCCCGACACAUGAAGACACACUUCCGUUGAGG